UGCAGCACACAAACUUCUGUCACUUCAUUAUUUUAAUUCUGCCUGAAGACUCGCAACAUCGAGCGAGCGAUAGAGAAGUUCGCGAGUAGUCGAUACCCUACGACGAGGGUUGUCAGAUAGACUAUAAAAUAAAACGAACCUGUGUCAAUUUGUAGCAAACGAGGUGGUUGAUAGGCGAACGUAGGAAUGCAUUAACUCACGAUGUAAUAUGUUUACUGUGCUUUUAAAACAAGUGAUGUAAAAUAUUAAAUAGAAAUGUGGAUUUCUUCAUGAAUUUUCCGUGGAGAGAAGGUUAAGGUUCUGCAAUGCUGAUACACACUCUUGCCAGAAACAGAAAGGUUACCAUGGGUCAUAUGGUGUUUCUUACAUGGAUAUACCUGGCUGUUUUCCUGAUCAUCUCUACUGUCCAGACGGGAGCGAGCCAGUCGCAAACGGCCUACUUCCUUCCUGAAUUUGCGCUGUCGCCCCAGGGAAGCUUUCUGGAGGACACGACUGGGGAACAGCUUCUGACCUACCGCUCCGACGAUCAGGCCUCCAGGACCACGCGGUCAGACGAGGACAGGGAUGCUGGCUGGGAUGCCUGGGGCACCUGGAGCGAGUGCUCUCGCACCUGUGGAGGCGGGGCCUCCUACUCUCUACGCAGAUGUCUGAACGGAGGAAACUGUGAAGGCAGAAAUAUCCGGUACAGAACGUGCAGCAAUAUGGACUGCCCAAAGGAGUCAGGGGACUUCCGAGCCCAGCAGUGCUCGGCACAUAACGACAUCAAGUACCAGGGCCAAGCUCAUGAGUGGGUGCCCGUCAUCAACGACCCAGUCGCGCCUUGUGCCCUCAAGUGCCAGGCGCGGGGCAAGAGCCUGGUGCUGGAGCUGGCGCCCAAGGUUCUUGACGGCACACGCUGUCGAACGGACUCUUUCGACAUGUGCAUCAGCGGGAUCUGCCAGGAGGUGGGAUGUGAUCGACAGCUUGGGAGCAACGCCAAGGAGGACAACUGCGGAGUCUGCGCCGGCGACGGAUCCACCUGCCGGCUGGUCCGAGGCCAGACCCUGUCGCACGUCUCACCGGACGAACCUGUCAAGACCGUCAUUGAAAUUCCUCUAGGAAGCCGGAACCUGAGGAUUACAGCCAAGGGACCUGAUGUCAUCAUUGUGGAGGCGCAGACAGUCCAGGGGAGGCGGGAGGAGCAGGUCCUGAGCGUUCCGGGAUGGCAUGUCCUGGGAAACACUACCGUGGAGUUCCAGCGCGGCCCAGACAGGCAGACGCUGCGCAGCCCCGGGCCCCUGGCAGCCGACUUCACCAUCAAAGUGAAGUAUGCGGCUCCGAGAGACACCAUGCUGCAGUUUAUGUCCUACCAGCCCAUUCGCUAUCAGUGGAGAGAGACAGACUUCUUCCCCUGUUCAGUGACCUGCGGAGGUGGCUACCAGCUCAACUCUGCUGACUGCGUGGACAUCCGCUCCCAUAAAGUCCUGCCCGAGCACCACUGUGAGAGUUACCCUGAGAACACCAAGCCCAAGCCCAAGCUAAAGGAAUGCAACAUGGACCCCUGCCCAGAGAGUGAUGGCUUCAAGGAGGUGAUGCCCUAUGACCAUUUCCAGCCCCUGCCACGCUGGGAACAGAACCCGUGGACCAUGUGCUCGGUGACGUGCGGCGGUGGCACGCAGGAGCGGAGCGUGGUGUGUGUGGAGGAGGACGUGCACGGCCAGUUCGCCCAGGUGGAGGAGUGGAAGUGCACACACUCGCCCCCGCCCCCCACCAAGCAGAGCUGCAACACCUUCAGCUGCCCACAGUGGAAGGCCAUGGAGUGGUCCCAGUGCACAGUGACCUGUGGCCGUGGGUUGCGUUACAGAGUGGUGCUGUGCAUUGACCACCAAGGGCAGCACACAGGCGGCUGUAACGCACGGCAGAAACCCCACGUCAAGGAGGACUGCCUGGUGCCCAUCGCCUGCCACAAACCCCGAGAGAGCCUUCCUGUGGAAGCCAAACUGCCCUGGCUCAAACAGGCCCAUGAACUGGAGGAGCCAAAGGCCGCCUCGGAGGAGCCCACGUUCAUCCCAGGCCCCUGGUCUACCUGCAGCACCAGCUGUGGACCGGGCCUGCAGAAGCGCUGGGUCAAGUGCCGCGUGCUACUCUCCUUCACGCGGGCCGAGGUGGACCUGCCGGACGAGGAGUGUGACGGCGAGAAGCCGCCACUGCAGAGGCAGUGCGAGCUGGAGUCCUGCACCGGCUCGCCGGCGCCCCCCCAGGGCCGAGACCAGCAGCAAGGCCCGCAGUGGGGCUACCGCAAGUUCAGCCCGUGCUCCAAGUCCUGCGGUGGAGGCACGCAGAUCUUCGUGGCGCGGUGCCUGAGUGGUGGGAAGGUGGUGAGCGCCGGCCUGUGCGACAGCGCCAGUCGACCGCGGGUGAUGAUGCGGGUGUGCAACCCGGAGCCCUGUGGCGCGAGAUGGGAGAUGAGCCAGUGGUCACGCUGUUCGGCCACAUGCGGGGUCGGCCUGCAAAUUCGCCAAGUGCUCUGCGUGCUAAACGGCGACACGAAGAUGCCCGACAAGGACUGCAAGGAGAGCAAGCCAAGCGAGGUGCAGGCCUGCAACCAGGUGGACUGUCCACCAGCCUGGGAGACCGAGGACUGGCAAAAGUGCACCCACACCUGUGGCGGAGGAAAGCAGUCCCGGAAGGUCUACUGCAAGCAGCGGAUGGGCAGCGGAAGCUUCCAGAAGCUGAAGGACACGGUGUGUAAAGGUGUGAAGCCUGUGGCUCAUCGGCCAUGCGCCACGGACGACUGCCUGACUCCCCGCCUGGAGGGAGGAGAGUGGUCCAAGUGCUCUGUAACGUGUGGCACGGGGGUGCAGCGACGGGAAGCGGUGUGUCGCAGACAGACCCCCUCUGGGCAUCAGGUGACCCUGAGCAGAGCCGCGUGCAGCGGGAUGACCCCACCACCGCUCCUCAGGAGCUGCCGCAUGGGACCCUGCAAAAAAUAUCGAGUGCCUGUGAAGACCUGUCCCACCAUCCUGAGUGACCACCGCACCUACAUCCAGACCCGGCCGGAGAAGCGGCUCCACUUCACCGUCGGAGGCCGUGCCUACCUGCUGCCCAAGACCUCGGUGGUCAUCAAGUGCCCGGUGAGGCACACAAGCAAGUCCACCAUCCACUGGCUGAAGGACGGGAAGGACCUGCCGGGCUCCAAACGCAUCGGCAUCACCAAGUCUGGCGCCCUCCGCAUCUACAACCUGGAGGCCAGCGACAUCGGCGUGUACCGCUGCGUGGCCUACACCGCCACGGCGCGCUUCAUCCUCAAGCUCAUCGGCAGCGACAACAAAAUCCUGGAGCACCCGGAGGGGAAGGGCUUCCCGGGAGAUGCCGACGACCCGAUAGCCGCCCUGGGGGAGAACUGGUGGAUGCCUCGCUGCUUGGACAUGGACCACCUGAUCCCAGGUUGGCAGCAGCAGAGCGAGUUCUACGUGCCUGAAGCUCAGUCCCAGGGCACGGGCCCCCUGCAGACCCUUGGCAACUCUGUGCUGAGUUCCAGAGGCACUCAAGGGCCCGUCGUCCAGCUGCCGGACAGGCGCUUGGAGGCCAGCGUAGGCUACGGGGCCUUCAGCCUGCUCCCGGCGCACUACGAGGAGCUGACGAAGAACAUGAGUGACCCGGAGCAGAACACCAGCGAAACAGACAAGCUGAGCGCCCAGCCCAAUCAUAAGUCCAGUGAAGAUCCGUCCAGCCCACGGACGACAAGCAAGAAGGAAGAGGGGCCGGGCGAGGCCGGUGGCCCUAGGGACAAACACCAAGACAAAACAGUUAAUUCCUCUGAGCGCGCCGUGGACAAGGAGAGCAAGAGUCCCAAGAAAGCGACCAUCACACGGCACGAGCAGCAUGGACCGCUCAUGAGUUUCCAGAGGGACAUGAGGAUAUACAUCGGCAGGGUGGCCUAUCUGACCAAUGCCACACGCAGCCUCUCCCUGCUCUGCCCUGUCCAUGGCGUGCCUCCGCCCACUGUGUCCUGGACUAAGGACGGAGCUCCGUUACAGUAUAGAGAGAGGGUGCUGUGGCAGGACCUGGAGGGGCUGCACAUCUACAAGCCCAGCCUGGAGGACGCCGGCCUCUACAGGUGCACCGCCACCAACGACUUGGGCUCCGACUCGGAGAGCUCCCAGCUCCACCUCGCUGAGUACCCCAAGAUCGCUCUGUCCUGGAGAAAUGUGUCUGACCUGAGCAGUUCUGCCCUGAGCGCCGUGGUGGGAGGCUGGAUCAGGGUGCGUCUGGGAGUCAACCUUAUGCUGGACUGCCCAGUCACAGGUGUCCCACAGCCAACAGUCAGCUGGCACAAGAAGGAGGGCGCGCUGAACGGCAACGCUCGACUCUUCGUCAACGGCUCGCUGCUGCUCCAGAACGUCACCCUCCAGAACUACGGAACGUACUCGUGCGUGGCUGCCAACCCAAUCGGAAAAUCCUCAGCCUCCAGCCACCUCCACGUGUCUGGAGCCACACAGGCCUUGUCUGAGCACCAGGGGUCCGUGCCGAAGGAGGGAGCCCGGAAAAGAGUCCUCAUGGCCUCCCGUAUCGGCACCAGGGCCAUGGUCCAAUCUGGAGACAUCCUGCGCAUAGGGUGUCCGGUCGUUCCAAACCACAGAAAAGCCAUUAAGUGGUACUUCCAGAACCAGACGCUGGAGGAGACCCAGGGCCUGCGCCACCGGUUGUUGGUGGGGGGACGGGUUCUGGAGGUGAACACGCUGCACGGGAGGUUCGACGGACGCUACAGAUGCCAGACGCAGACGGACAGCCAGCUUCUCUCCGCCUGGGUCCACAUCAGUGUGGAAGAGUUCUCCUGGCAGCUGGGCGACUGGAGUGUGUGCAGCGCCACCUGUGGCAGCCGGGGGACUCAGACGAGGAGGCUCCGUUGCAUCAGUCCGGAGGACCGGGAGGUGCCCCCCUCCACCUGCCACCACCUGGCCAGGCCAGUGACCUCCCCCCAGGCCUGCAACGUCAAGGACUGCCCCGCCAGUUGGGUGGCCACUGUCUGGUCCAGGUGCUCUUCCACCUGUGGACGUGGCUUCAGGCAGAGGCAGGUGUCGUGUCAGCAGGUGGAGGCUGUGGGAACGGUGCGCAUUCUGCCCCCGUCCAGCUGCGUGGCGUCUGCUCGGCCUGUGGACCGAGAGGACUGCGCCACUGACACCUGCGCUGAGUGGGUGACCAGCCCAUGGGGUCAGUGUACAGGGCGAUGCCUGGGCCCAGGCGUGGCCACUCAGAGCCGAACAGUGAUGUGCAAGCAUCUGAACAGCUCAGCCAGCCCCAGAACAUCGUGUGAUCCCAAAGACAGGCCGGUGUCGGCGCAAAACUGCUCGUCAGAUGCGUGCGAUGUCCACUGGAGGGUGUGGCCCUGGCGACUGUGCACGGUGGCCUGUGGCAGCGGGUUCCAGUCGCGCCGCGUGGAGUGUGUCCACCGCCAGACCAACAAGACCCUGGCCGACCAGCAGUGCACCUGGCAACGGCGCCCCAUCUCCUGGCAACACUGCAACAUCACGUCCUGCAGCAGUGAAUGCAAGGAUACCACCCAUUACUGUGCGGUAGUGAAACGUCUUCAGCUGUGUCUGGUGGAGCUGUACAGACAGAGAUGCUGCGAGUCCUGUUCUGUGGACACACACCCCAUCUAGUGUUCACUACUGAGACCUUGAGACUUUUAAGUCAAAAUGCUUCUAGAAUAUUCAGCUGCUGGCCUGGAAAGACACACCUGAAAAGAUGGGAACGUUUAAACAAAACAAAACAAAACAAAACAAAAACAAGUCCCCUGCGACUUGACUGAAUUCUUGAAGAGGAUGUUUUGGACAUCUUUAUGUGGCUUGGACGCAUUCGGAUCCUCAGACUGAGUGACCUUUUUUUUUUUUUUUUUUUUUUUU